CGAGUCCAAACAGAGCUUUUGGGCUUUCUCAUAUUGUUCUCUUCUCGUCUGCUGUCUAUCUUUGCUGUUGUCUUUGUACUGUGGUUUCGAAACGUCUCCUUACAAGUUUACCAGAGCUGGACCUGAAUUUCUCUGAGUCACCGAGUCGUCGUCGCCAAGUUGAGAUUUUUUCGUGUACUCAGUCAAGUGAAGAGAACAAAGAAUGCUUUCUGUUCGACAGAUAGCAGCAGCAAGUUGUAGUAGAAUUAAAGAAAGAUGCAGAAUAAAUGGAGUGAGCCAAUUUUUUCAAUCAUUUUCUACCAAAAAAGGGGAGGAUGAAUGGAAUGAUGCGUGGGAAACAGCGUGGCUACCAGAGGAUCUAACGGCUAAGAACAGAGCUCCAUGGGAAAUGGACGUCAAUUUCUCUUCACCCACAGGGAUAGAGGACGCUGAGACCAAGGCUUUUGUUGAGGAAAUGAAUGAUAACUGGGAUGAGCGGCGGAAAACCCAGCCACAACCACAGCCAAAGAAUGAUAAUAAUAAAAAUGGAGGUGAUUCGCUUUAUAAUUUGGACAAUAUGAAAAAAGAUUACAGAUUGAAGAAGCAAAGAAUUCAUGCUGGGUUAUGGACCAAGGAAAUUGAGAAGCAGCAGGAGGAGGCUAUGAAUGCUACAUUGGGAGAUUCUUCUCCUGAUGAUAUCGACAGAUUGCUUGAUAGCUGCUCUGAAAUUUUUGACACAGCCAAUAAUGACCUGGACAACUCAAAAAUCCCAAGCUCUUCCGAGUUUAAAAAUAAACCUGAUGGUUGGGAAACAACAGCGAAGGCACAAGAUGGAAAUAUUUGGGAAAUGUCACAGAGGGAGGAAGAUAUUCUCCUCCAAGAAUUUGAUCGUCGAAUAGCAUACAGCAAAUUCCAGAUAGCUAGUUUUAUCAAGACUCACAUAUUUAGCCGGAGGAGGCCUAUUGAUGGUUGGAAAUACAUGAUAGAAGAACUAGGACCAAAUGCCAAGAAAGGGAAGGGUAGUGUUACAAGAGUGCCGAGCCUAUCUGAUCCAUCAACACAACCAUUCAAAGAGGACAGGAAACUAAUUACCCACAAAGGGAGGUAGUUCAGUUCCUGAUUCCGCCGAACUUGUUUGUUCCCAGCCAUUGAUGUUUCUCAGGGGAAUAAACACAAGUCAAACAGUGUUUCCCUUAUCUUUUUAAAGAGUUUUCUCUCGAACUCCAGAGUUGUGCUUUAUCAGUUUAGGGAGCAUGCCUGCUUCUGAGAUUCACAUGUUCAUCCAUGAAUGAUUUUUUUUUUCCCGAUCUCAUGUUCCAUGGAAUCUACUGCAACUUUUGAGCA